AUGCCGUUUCGCGAUUGGAAGAUUGUUCGUGUGCUGGCCGGAAUCGCUAUGCGAAUAUGGGCCGCUAGCGGAGCUGCCUUGCUGGCCGCAAUCCUAAUAUACGUUAUAUAUGGUGGCUUUUUUGCUUUCCUAUUGCUAUUGUUCGCCGUUUCGGGCAUUCUUUACCACGCUCAAGACAACCUACUGUACCAUCCAGAGCUGCCAGCCAAUUCGCGGAUAUUUAUUCCGGUCCCGUCGAUGCACGGUCUGCCUUAUGAAACGUUACACCUGAAGAUCCGUGAUGGUGUCUCGCUGCAUGCCUUCUGGAUCCGACAUCCGGGUGAUAAGGGCCGCUACGUACCUACGAUAGUGUACUUUCACGGAAACGCUGGCAACAUGGGCCAUCGUUUGCAGAACGCCGGUGGGUUUUACCAUACGCUUCAGUGCAACGUGCUGAUGGUGGAAUACCGAGGGUACGGUCUGUCCACCGGCGCGCCUAGUGAGAAAGGAUUCUUUGCCGACGCCCGUUCGGUGUUGGAUCAUUUAUUCAGCCGGCACGAUUUGGACCAUGGUCAAAUAAUUAUCUUCGGCCGGUCACUCGGUGGGGCCGUAUCGAUCGACUUAGCCGCCGAUGCCGUGUACGGGUCGAAGGUGAUGGGGGUGAUCGUAGAAAAUACGUUCACCAGCAUUCCCGACAUGGCCGUGGAGCUUAUACACCCGUGCGUGAAAUAUUUACCGUAUCUACUGUAUCGGAACCAGUAUCUGUCGGUGGACAAGAUACAAUUUAUUUCUGCUCCGAUAUUGUUUGUGUCCGGUCUAGCCGACACCCUAGUGCCUCCAAGGAUGAUGACGAUGCUACACGCCAAAUGUGGAAGCACCCGCAAACAAAUGCUACAGAUUGUUGGUGGAUCGCACAACGAUACAUGGGCUGUGAAUGGGUACUACCAGGGCGUAGCCCAAUUUCUGAAAGAGUGUAGAGAAACCAAAGGACCACUGCAGACGGCCCCAGUAAGCCACAACGUGUGGCCACAGAUCGAGGAGGUGUGAGGCGCACGAUGUUGGCAUGGCAUGACGCUUGCCAAAUUCGGGUGAUGGAUAGAAUAGCAAUUGACCCGUAAUGAUGAUGACUUAACGGGAUUUUGUUGACGGGGGGGAGCGACGGUGGAGAACUUGCCUAAAGAAGGAGUGGAAGGAAACUAAGCCUAUGAGAAAGCCGAAAAAAAAAACCGACAUAACUUUUCGAACCUCUCGCACUGUUGGGUGGAGGGUUUUCCCGUACGGCACCAAACAAUUACAACCCAAACCGGGCUUCGGGACAGGUGUAAGCCACAGCGAACAAACAGCACAAGAAGCCCCCCAACACCAGCAGCACUACUUGCACCCGUACCAAGCGACCACUUGGGGCAGCGUAAUGAGGUGCUUUUAAGAAAGAAAGAAAUUAGACGAAGGAGAAAAAAAAACAGCUGUGCUUGGUUCCAGCAGCAUCG